ACACCCACUUUUUUACUCCGGCAGAAAAAGACUCGUGUUAUGUAUGUUUGGUUUUACAGAGAGUGAAGUUCUAAAAGCCCAGGGUAGUAUGACAAGCCCUAAGGGAAAUAAUGUACAAACUCAUACGCUGUUCUCAAACCUCCGAGCGAAUGAGCAAUCUGUAUGUGAGCAGUCAAUUCGAAGUAAUUUGAUUAUGUUGGGCUCCUUCCCGUCUCCGGUUACGGUGGGUUCUCCUUCCCAAACAGGUUCUCCCUCAUCUCCUCUGCCACGUUCUCCCUCAUCUCCUCUGCCAAGUUCUCCUUCGGCUCCUCUGCCACGUUCUCCUUCGGCUCCUCUGCCACGUUCUCCCUCAUCUCCUCUGCCACGUUCUCCCUCAUCUCCUCUGCCACGUUCUCCUUCGGCUCCUCUGCCACGUUCUCCUUCGGCUCCUCCGGCUGGUUCUCCUUCGGCUCCUCCGGCUGGUUCUCCUUCGGCUCCUCCGGCUGGUCCUCAGUUUUCGUGGAAGGAUGUAUAUAAUGUCCACCCACAAAUUAAACAUGUGUAUCAUACCGGCAGCAAAAAAAAAGUAAUCUACAACUUUAUUGAGGCUUUCGAUUACUUGCGAUUUGUUCGCAAUGUAUAUGCUCACAUCAAUUCGCUGUCACAGCUGAACUUAAAGGGACGUGCGGCCUUGUAUCAAGAGGUUGACAAAAUGUGGCCUGGGUUUGUCUUUGCCUUAUUUGUAACUCUUGCUAAUAUGGGAUUGCUUUUAGACGGUAAAUUCUGACUUUAUUUUUUUUUGUUUUUUGGUGAUUUAUUUUAUACUAUAGUACUUAAUUCAUAAUUAUGAUUUUUUUUACAGGUUAAACGGUCUAAGAUUGGCUUGUACGGAGUUUCUUCUUCGUUCUGUUGAUGAUGUAUGAGUUUUUUUUGAUUGUGAAGCAUUGACAUUCUGUUGAGCAAAUGGUGCAUUUGAAAAAGACGUGAUUGAAAUUGUUUUAUGUUUUUCCUCCUAGGCGUUAGUUUCUUAGGCUUCUUAUUCAAUGUUUUUUAGGUGUGAAACCAUCCAUCAGUGAAGCCUUCAACUGCCUAAUGCCUAAGUGAUAAAACUGCAUGUGUUAAAGAUAUAGUUCUUCAUGAAAUCAUCUGACAGUCUUGAUCAUAUGAUCUUACUUUUUUUAAUUUCUCUGCCUGUUUAUCAAAAUUAACAAAUGUUAAUUUUGCCGUAUCAUCUUCCACCUCUACUUCUACCCUGUAUCUGUGGAAUUAGUUACUUUUAGUAGUUGGAACGAUAAAUAAUUAUUUUGUGUUUAGUUUUGUUUUAAAUACGAUUAUUACCUUAGUAUGGGGAAAUCCCGUGCUUCCA